ACCAUUUUCCUUUCCACUUGUGAAAACGUUUAAUACGCGUUACAAAUAAGCACCUAUUUGUAUUCCUAAAAUUUCACAUUACAGCUCAUUUCAACGUGUAUCUCAGUUCUAAGGAAGGAAGAACUUUAUCCAAGAUGUUUAUCAUGUACUUCCUGUCGAACUUCGUCUCCAACCUCACGUCAGACAUGACUGGGCUGAUAUCGGUCGUGACGGCCUACGUCAGAACGGCCGCCAUUUUCUUCCUGGGCACCUACUCCUACGAGAACAGCGACCUGCCCAUAGAGGAGCUCUACGACUUCGUCGUCGUGGGGUCGGGGUCUGCGGGCAGCGCCGUGGCGGCGCGUCUCUGCGAAGUGCGGGGCUGGAGCGUCCUGCUGCUGGAGUCCGGGGGCACGACGCCCCCCGAAGCGAUGGUCCCCGGCUACAACCCCUUCGUCAUCCUGCACGGGGUCCAGCCCAUGUGGGGCUAUAAAUCCGAACCGCAGAAACACGCAUGCAAGAACUACGCUGGACAUCAAAUACCAAUUCCUCGAGGCCGGACGGUGGGAGGUUCCUCCGCCGUAAACUUUUUGAUGCACGUCCGGGGCAACCGCCGGGACUUCGACCGCUGGGCGGCCCUCGGCAACCCGGGCUGGGACUACGACUCCGUCCUGCCAUACUUCAAGAAGCUCGAGACGUACAGGGGCGAAGUGACCAACCUCACGGCCCCGUACCACGGGUACUCAGGCCCCGUGGUGGUGGAGGGGAAGGCGUGGGGGACGGACGUAAUGAAGGCCUUCCUCAAGGCGGGGAAGGAGCUCGGCUUCCCCACCAUCGACCCCAACGCCUUCACACAAAUUGGUGUGAGGCGUUGCCAUAUGGCGCACGUCACCAAGGUUUUAUUCAACCACGAUAAGCGUGCAGUCGGGGUCCACUACAUGAAGAAUGGCCGGCAACACCUGGCGCGGGUGCGGCGCGAGGUCGUGCUGAGCGCGGGGGCCAUCGGCUCCCCUCACCUCCUCCUGCUGUCCGGCGUCGGCGACAAGAAACAUCUUCGUCAGUUCCGGAUUCCAGUGGUGGCCCACGUGCCCGGGGUCGGCCAGAAUCUGCAGGACCAUCCUGGUAUCUUCGGCCUCACCUGGACGGUCGACCCUGGUCGAGCGACGACUUUUGGGCGACAUCUCAGCAUGGCUGCUGCCACUAAGUUCGCGUACCAUCGCCAAGGCCCCCUGACUUCUCCCUUCGGCCCAGAAGGCAACGCGUGGUUCAGUUUUGGCUACAAGAACGACCCCGAAUGGCCGGACGCUCAGCUCGUUAUCGUCUCGAUCACCCCUGCCCUCGAUAGCGGCUUGCUUAUCAGUGAUACGCUCGGUUACGAUAAGGAGUUCAGUCGACGAUAUUUUGGACCCCUGGCGGGCCAAGAAGGAAUCAACAUGGGCCCGUACGUGACUGUACCUAGGAGCCGUGGGUCUAUCACCCUUCGGUCUGCAGACCCUAAACAUCAUCCUGUGAUAGACCCUAACUACCUCAGUCACCCCGAAGACGUCGAGAUUCUUGUUAAGGGAAUAAAGUUGGCGUUGGCGGUGGGAAACACGACGGCGUUCAAGCAGGGACUUGGAGCCAAGUUCCACGACAUGGUGCUACCAGGCUGUGAGGCUGAGGCGUAUGGUUCCGACCACUACUGGGCCUGCUUCGCACGCCACAUGGUAUCUACCGUCUACCACCCCGUGGGUACCUGCAAGAUGGCGCCCGCCUCUGACCCCAUGGGUGUGGUUGACCACGCUCUCAGAGUGCGUGGCGUGUCAGGACUGCGUGUGGCGGACGCCAGCAUCAUGCCCGUGAUUGUGGCGGGCAACACCAACGCCGCCGCCAUCAUGAUAGGGGAGAAGGCGGCCGACAUCAUCAAGCAGGACUGGCUCAUCACCAUACCUUUGUUAUGACCAUGCGAUGUCUCCAUGUGAUGUCUCCAUGUGAUGUCUCCAUGUGAUGUCUCCAUGUGAUGUCUCCAUGUGAUGUCUCCAUGUGAUGUCUUCAUGUGAUGACAAAUAAACGAUUUAGUAAGAUUGCUUUGUUCUGUGAACAAUGACCUUCAAUGUCAUGAUUUAAUUGUGAUGAAUCAUAGCAUCUUUGCCAAUUGUGAUGAACGCAACUGCUUACUGAAAUAUUUGUAUAGGUCAUGUCUUGUUCAUGUUGCAACCUCCACUAAAUUGUCAAUACUUAAAUAAAUUGGUAGAUUUGAACAUCCUUCUUUUGCAUCCAUUUGUUGUCCCGUGCCUCCAUCUGUUGUCACGUGCUUCUAUCUGUUGUCCCGUGCCUCCAUCCUGUUGUCACGUGCUUCCAUCUGUUGUCCCGUGCCUCCAUCUGUUGUCC